CGCAGGCGCAGCUUAGACCAAGGAGUUGACAGUAAAUUUUCAGAAUUUCAGGAACCUGGUGCUGCUGGGAAGCAGCAACAUUGGAUAAUCUGGAAUUUGAAAUCUUUUAGACAACGCACAUUCGCAUACUUACAAGGCAUCAUUGCUUCUAUUUCUAAAAAGAUCUUCCUCGGAUGAUCCUGGUACUCAAGAUGUAACUGGAAACACGUUGAAGCUCAAGAACAAGUGGAAGUAAAAAGUACAAUAGAAAUAGAGAUCUGGUGCCUCCCCGCCAUCAAAAUCAAGAAGAUAGGUGCACUAAGUAGAAGUACUGGAGAAGAAUAGUGUGUGUGUGUGAAUGUGUUUUUGCAUCUAGCUCCACCAAGAAGCGGGAAGCGAGUUUGUCGCUCUCUUCACCGCCAUAGAGAGUUGGUGCUCUUGGUGGGGAUGUAAUGAAGAUCGCCAGGAACGCCUUACCUCAUGCGUAGAAAGGGGCCAUAAUCCAACAUCAACUCGAGGGUGAACUGGGGCACUGUCUCAGAAGUCAGUCUCAACUAGCAAUAGAAAAUUAGAAUUUAUAAUGCAUGUUGUGGUUGUGUAUUGUGUAAUAAAGAAGAAAGAACGUAGUUUUUCUGAUGGUGCAGAUGGUUAAUCCAUAAGAAAAAGCUAUCACGAUCGCUGACGACGAUUCACUGAUCGACUACGUCGCAAGAAGUAAAGCUGUGCAGCCGCUUGGAAAAUCCUGAUAAAAGAGAAUGACCACACCAGCGAAACCGUGUCUACAUGUGAAGCUUGCUGCUCUGAUAAAAUCUAAAACUUGUUCUUGUUCUCCAUUCGCUCCAUUACUGGACUAAGUCCACACGUCUCUGCGGUCAUCAUGAACGAUGGUAACAGAGACAACAACAUGCAUACACACCGCCUCGUCCUCCUUAAAUAAUGACAUUCACAUCUAUACGUAUAUUUAUACGCCCUAAGAACAAGAAGCAAAGAAUGGUCUUCUAAAAAUUGUCAUUGAACCUUGUAUGUUGUAUGUGCCGUCAACAGUGCCUACUCGUUGCCGACGAUCUACUCUGAAAUAUUUGCUAGACGCGCAGCGUAGCUAGGCCUUCAGACGAAAAUCCCGUUUCGGAUAGAAUCUACAAAUAAUCUACACUUACAUUACAUUCAGGCUUGCUUGGUUUACACUUCCUCGUUGUACAUUGUAAUUCGCGAUGUGAUUGUUCGUCGAAUAUAAUGAUUGAAGAAGGUCGAAAAUGUAACUCUUUUUUUAGAAUGUUGUCGUGAGAAGUGUUAUAGUCCUCAGGCUUAAAAAUAUCCUACUCAUUACUUACAAUAUUGACACGACCAAAGAAGAUUCGAAUUUCUUCAAAUCGCUGGGUGACACUUGCCUGUGUAAAAAUCUGUGUCACCACUGGCGAAAACUGCAAACAAUGAAAACGGAAUCACCCAUAAUUGGAGGUUCGAAAUGAAUCUUUUCAACUGCGCAUCUUGAAAAUGUCAUCUUAACGUACAAUCAUGUUUCAUCUGAGACACCGAU